AUGAGAGGAGUUUGGACAGGGUCUGGUCCCAGAGAGGGCAAGAGUUGGGGACAAAUCAGGGCCAGUGUUCCAUCAAGUUCCCAGGCCGUGAGCCAGAGGCCCCAGCCCGGCCCCUCCGGUCUCCAGCCGGAGGUGAUGCUGGGUGCAGAAAGACCAGGACCACCAGCCCAGGCACACAGCAGCCCAAGGCCAGAGGAAUCCGGCUGGCACGGGAAGCGGGAGAGGUCGGCCGCUCUCCAGGAGGAGUCGGAGAAGGCAGCCCCGGGCGAGGAGGACGCCUGGGUCCUGGACAUGCUGUGUGGCCUCAAGACGAGGGUGAAGCGAUGGCGGGUGUCCCCGGUGCUGCCCGAGCACCACGAGGCCUUCAAAAGGCUGCUUGCCCAGGCACACAGCAGCCCAAGGCCAGAGGACUCUGGCUGGUGCAGGAAGCGGGUGAGGUCGGACGCUCUCCAGGAGGAGUCGGAGGAGGCAGCCCCGGGCGAGGAGGACGCCUGGGUCCUGGAAAUGCUGUGUGGCCUCAAGAUGAGGCUGAAGUGACAACGGGUGUCCCCAGUGCUGCCCGAACACCACGAGGCCUUCAAAAGUCUGCUUGGGGACCCUGUUGUGAAAAGAUUCCUGGUCUGGGACAAAAAUCUGAGGGUAUCUGACAAGUACCUCCUGGCCAUGGUCAUAGCAUAUUUCAGCCGGGCUGGCCUCCCCUCCUGGCAGUACCAGCGAAUUCACUUCUUCAUAGCUCUCUACCUGGCCAACGAAAUAGAGGAGGACAACGAGGGCCCCAAACAGGCCAUCCUCUGGCUCCUCUAUGGGAAUGACAGUGCCCAGCGUCUCCUCUUCCACCAACGACGAGUCCAAUUCACCCAGUCCAUGGGCUGGAAGGCCUGGGUCUCCCAGGAAGAGUGUGAGGAGAUCCAAGUGUUUGACCCAAAGCUACUGGUGUGGAGGCGAGACCGCAGCCUGCUUGCCGUCUGA